UGCCGAUAUGCUUUGCUCCACGCGCACAGAAUGAAUCAUAUGGUAAGUCGUUCAUUUCGUGGCUUCAGAAGACGAUACUUUGCUUCAUUUUUCAAACCCACUUUCAACUCUUGUUCUCCGUGUCCCAGGCCAAUUCUAUACCAAGAACGGACUCUAGCUUCAUUCAAUUCAUCAAACAGUUGGUGGGCAUUCAGAAACUUGACCAUUUGUAGGCGCUAUGGGUCAUCGUCGUCUUCAUCAUCAGUGCGUUGCGUUAUAUCACAAGGCAAACCCAAAUUCGAGAUAUUUGAAAUCGAUCCGCCAAAGAAAUACAAGUGGCUAACAAAGAAAAGGCUGAAGUUGCAGAGGAAGAAAGAGAAGCAGAAGAGAAGAUCAGCCAACAAAAGGGACCCUCGUCGUCUCACCAUCAAAGGGUCUAAAAGGAAAGGCAAGUUUGCCACUGUCGAGGAACGAAUCAAAUAUAAGCUUGAAAAGACAAAAAUUAAGGAAGCUUUACUUAUUGAAAGACUCAAGAGCUAUGAAGUUCCAAAACUCCAGGGUCCUAUGGUCAAACCAGUUGAGAUAACAGGUGAAGAGCGAUUCUACAUGAAAAAGAUGGCCCAGAAAGGGUCGAAUUACGUACCAGUUGGAAGAAGAGGUGUAUUUGGUGGUGUUGUUCUUAAUAUGCAUAUGCAUUGGAAAAAACAUGAGACUGUAAAGGUCAUCUGCAAACCUUGUAAACCUGAUCAAGUACACGAGUAUGCUAAUGAAAUUGCAAGAUUAAGUGGUGGAAUCCCGAUUCAGGUAAUUGGAGAUGACACCAUAGUCUUUUAUCGUGGAAAGGAUUAUGUGCAGCCCGAGGUUAUGAGUCCGAUUGACACUUUGUCCAAGAAAAAGGCCUUAGAAAAGUCAAAGUAUGAGCAAUCGCUCGAGUCUGCAAGACACUUCAUUGCAAUUGCUGAGAAGGAACUAGAACUGUAUCGUAGGCACAUCGCACUUUAUGGUGAUCCUGCUGAUCAUAACCCGAAAACUGUUGUCGGUGGUGUAAGUGAAAGCACAGGAAAAAGAAAACAAGAUAACUUUGAUAGUUCCUCUAAUGAAGAAUUAUCAGCAAAUGACGAUGACUAUGAACACGAUGAUUUGUCUCUAAGUGAUACAAACUGCACAGAUGAGUUGAGUACUGAACUGGAUUCUAGCGAUGAAGAAACAUAAUGCAAAAUGUCCCGAGGAAGAGUAUAGUUUGACGAUUGAGAUCUUGCAUAAUCCUUCAUCUAAUCCAAAACCGGUAAGGAUUCUGUUAUAGUUUGUUUUGAGUCAAAAGUUCUGUUGGAGUUCUGAAUCAGCCAGACACGAAAUAUUAAACCUGUAUAUAUGCCUGAACCUUCUUCUAUCUAGGAGCUCUUUUAUAGAGAGAUCCAAAGAGGUUUCACUUAUAUUAACAUGGUAUCAGAGCGGAGGUGAUCUAGGGACUCAACCCACUCUUUUACCUCCGUUCGAGGGGACUUCAAGCCUGUUGGAGUCCCACAUCAGCAAACGGGCGAUCAAACUUGUGUGUGUGUGUGUAUAUAUAUAUAUAUGUGUGUGUGUGUGUG